AUGAAUAGUCUGAAUAGUGUUCAUAUAGACAAUAUCAACACUACAGGAUAAUAGGAUACUUCUAUGUGUAAAAACCCUUAAGUAAAUCAGGAUUGUGAUUCCUCUUCCAUUAUUUUGCUUAAAAAAAUUGAAGCUCCUAGUCCUGACAUACCUGGUUUUGGUCAAUAAGUUUAUAAACCCUUUCAAAAAUUAAUCAUUUACUAUCAUAUUGGAUAUUUUGUAAAAAAACUAUUAAAAUUUAUUAAACCUGAUUUAUAAUUCAAACCAAAGCACUAUAAAUUAAUUGAUGAUAAAAGUUCAGGCAACAUCAAAGAUUUUAUAAAUUAUGCAGGAAAAUCUAAAGCUUAAGUUAUGCAAUAUCCUAGUCUAGAUGAGGUUAAUUUCUUUGUAAGAAUGAGAUACAGAUAUAGAUAAUAUCUAAAAAAUUUUUAACAAAAAAUCUUUUACUUAUUCGAAUAAAUUCCUUUAAUAGACCCUUCUUUUAAAAUUAAAAUUAUUUGGGAUCUUUUAUUGAAUUGUUUUAGAAUAUAUUUGAUAUAUAUUAUACCAAUAAUAAUCACAUUUGAAGAAUUGAUUGAAAAUUAUGAUUAUCUCAUUAUAAUAUCUCAAGUAGUAUUUGCAAUAGAUUUUUUAUUAAGAAAUAUUACAAUCUAUUAUGAUUAAGGUUUACCUGUAAUUGAUAGAUAUUAAAUUGUCAAAAGUCAAUAUCAUUUUACUAACCUUAUUGAAUUACUUGAAAUAUUUUCUCUCUUUGGAAUGGCUUAUUUUAAAUUUGAUUUUAAUAAUCAAUUUAUUCUAUUUAAUGGAUGGCCUAAAUUUUGGAUGUUACUUUAUUUCAUACAAUUAAAAAAUCUAUUGAAUUUUAUAGGAUCAUGGUAAUAAUAAUUUAUAAUGGGAUAAUUAGCAUCAUCUUUAAUAGAAUUAUCAAAAUUAAUUGGCUUAUUACUUAUAAUCUAACAUAUUUUUAGUUGUAUUUGGCUUAUCAUAGGAAGAUAUAAUUAAAUUUGUGGUUAGACUAAUUGGAUUUCAGCAUUUAAUUUAGACAAUACACUUUGGAGUGAAUUAUAUAUUGAAUCAAUGUAUUUCACAAGUGUUACUAUGUACACUGUUGGAUAUGGAGAUAUACAUCCAAUAAGUAUUAUUUUUAUAAUUAUUUAAGAUAUAUCAGAAAAGAUAUUUGCAUUUCUAUUUGUAUUUGUUUGUACCUUUCAGUUAUCCUUUAGUUUAAAUACAAUUGGAGAAAUUUUAACAAGAAUGAAAAAUAAUAAUGAUAUCAUUAAUAAAAAGUUGAUCUUUAUUAAUUAGUAUAUGCAUACAAAAAAAAUUAGUCACCAAUUAUAAUUUUAAGUUAGAGAAUAUCUUAAUUAUUAUUGGUAUUAAGAAUAAACCUAAUAGACUAAAGAAUAAACUGAUAUUCUAAGUUAAUUGUCUGAUGAUUUAAGAACAUAAAUAGCCGUAGAAUCAAACACUGUAGUACUUAAAAAUUGUGAAUUCUUUCAUAAAAAUUUUUCGAAUGAGUUUUUAAAUGAUCUUUUAAAACAUCUUUAAUUUUAAUCAUUUUAACCUUCUUCUACUUUAAACACAUUUAAUGAAGAUGAUUAUUUUAUACAUAUUAUUGAAUCUGGGUAAGUUGAUAUUUAUGCUAAAAACUAAGAUAAAAAAGUUUUAAUUGGCAAUUAUAAACAAGGGGAACAUUUUGGAUUACAUGAAUUCCUAAAUAAUUAGAAAUCUUUAUAAUAUGAAUAUAAAAGUUCAGGAUUUGUAAGUACUUUAGUAAUUCCAAAAUCUAAAUUUUAUCAAAUAUUAUAAAAAUAUUAAGUUGAUUAUGAAACUUUUUGGAAUUUAAAAAUUAAUAAUUAUUCUGAUACAAAAUGUGCAAUAUGUGAUUCUAGAAGACAUCCGUCAGAUUAAUGUAAAUAAGUUCAUUAUAUACCUGACAAAGAAAAAGUCAUAAAAUAAUAUAAUUUUUAUUAAAGUUAAGAGAGAAUUAUGUUUUUAAGAAAUUCCAGAAGAAUUAGAUAACUUUAUCAUGCUUAAACAGAUUAAGAGAUAUUAAGAGAAGCUGCUUAAAUGGUGAAAGUUAAAAAUGAUAGUUUAUUUUUCUAAAAAUACUAAUAUAAUUAAGAUGAUACAACUUAAUUUGAAAGUUAAGGUAAGCUAUAUUUCCAUAAAUAGAAAUUCUUAAUAAAAAAGAUAUUGAAUCAGUAGGAGUGCUAAUAAAAGAUCUUGAGAGCAAAUCUUAUUUUGAUUUCUAUUAAAAAUCUUAAUUUAAAUCAGAAAAAGAAAUUUAUGAUGGAAAAUUAAAUUUAUCGUCAGAAUUCUUAACAUUAAAAGUUCUUAAAGAUAAAUUAAAUCAUAAAGAUCUAUAUACAGAAAAAGAUUUAUAACAAAUUGAUUAUCAAAUAUAAUUAUUGGAAUUAAAAUUAAAUUUAGAGGAUAAAUUGGAACUAGAUAAAAAGCACGAAUAUCAAACUUUUAAUCAAAAAUCAAAUAUAAACUUUGUUUUAAAGAAACUCAUAAAUCCUGUUCGAUAUAUAUUGGUUUCGACAUCUAAAAGUUUGGAUCAUUAUUCUUUAAUAAGUGGCAAUAAUUGGAUAAAAUAUUUAUUUUAUCCUUAUGAAUUUAUUAAUUAAUAUAGAUUCAAUAUAAAUCGAUUGGGAGUACCUAGAAAAUCUCUAGUAGUUCGAUAACAAGAACAUCGAUUGUCAAAUGCACUAUUAAAAAAAAAACAAUAACAUCGUUCCUUAAAAAGAUAAAUUUAGGUAUUUCCUAUUAAAUGA